ACUGGGUGUAGUCUGGACUCCCGUCUUUUCCUGCUGGAGUUUUGCUGGAGUUGCAUGGCCGCGGACACAAAGAGCUGAGGCCCUCCCCGAGCUUAGACAUUCACACCAGCGAGAAGAGCCGGGACACAAGCUCUGGACUCGGCCUGGAGCGAAGACAACCACCCGCUGUCUGCGUUACUCUCUGGUUGUAGCCGUUUUCCUCGGGGAAUCUGUCGCUAUAACGGGAUUAGUUUGGGCAAAAACUUUCGGAAUAAGUUCAGGGAGAGUUUGUGUCGGAGUUUUUUUGACCCCCUUUUUCUGGUUGGCGUUGGAGACGGAGAGGACUGAAAAAAAAAAUGCGACGUUUGAUCGGGGCUCUGGUUGCCUGGAGCUGGGUGGCGAUGUGCGUCCGGGCCGCCAUGGAUGAAUGUUCGGACGAGCAGAACCGCGCGCAGCGCUGCAUGCCCGAGUUCGUUAACGCAGCUUUUAAUGUAACCGUGGUGGCGACCAACACCUGCGGCUCUCCCCCGGAGGAGUACUGCGUGCAGACCGGCGCCACCGGGGUCACUAAGUCGUGCCACAUCUGCGACGCCCGGGACCCCCGGAACCACCACAGCGCCGUGUACCUGACCGACUACAACAACCAGCAGGAUACUACGUGGUGGCAGAGCCAGACCAUGCUGGCGGGCAUCCAGUACCCGAACUCCAUCAACCUCACCCUGCACCUCGGCAAAGCCUUCGACAUCACCUACGUGCGUCUCAAGUUCCACACCAGCCGGCCGGAGAGCUUCGCCAUCUACAAGCGGGGGCGCGCGGGGGGCCCCUGGGAGCCCUACCAGUACUACAGCGGCUCCUGCGAGAAGACGUACAGGAAGAGCAGCCGCGGCUUCAUCCGCACCGGAGAGGACGAGCAGCAGGCGCUCUGCACCGACGACUUCAGCGACAUCUCGCCGCUCACCGGGGGCAACGUGGCCUUCUCCACGCUGGAGGGCCGGCCCAGCGCGUACAACUUCGACAACAGCCCCGUCCUGCAGGACUGGGUGACGGCCACCGACAUCAGAGUGACCCUGAACAGGCUCAACACGUUCGGAGACGAGGUUUUCAACGACCCCAAGGUCCUAAAGUCCUACUACUACGCCAUCUCGGACUUCGCUGUGGGAGGAAGGUGUAAGUGUAACGGCCACGCCAGCGAGUGUGUGAAGAACGCUGGAGGACGCCUGGUGUGUGACUGCAAACACGACACGGACGGAGACGACUGCGGCGUCUGCAAACCGUUCUACAACGACCGGCCGUGGAGAAGAGCCACCGCCGACAACGCCAACGAGUGUCUGCCGUGCGACUGUAACGGGAAAAGUGGCGAGUGUUUCUUCGACGCCGAGCUGUACCGCGCCACGGGCCACGGCGGCCACUGCAGGAACUGCGCCGACAACACGGACGGGCCCAACUGUGAGCGUUGCCUUGACAACUACUACAGGGGGGGGGGCAGCAGCCGAUGCCUGGCCUGCAGCUGCAACACAGUCGGCUCUGAGUCUCCUCAGUGUGACAGCAGAGGAGUGUGUGCGUGUAAACCCGGCGUGGGCGGAGAGAAGUGCGAUCGCUGCCAGCCAGGAUUCCACAGCCUGACUGAGGCCGGCUGCAGACCAUGUUCGUGCUCUCCAUCUGGCAGUACUCAGGAGUGUGACGUCAACACGGGACAGUGUCGCUGCAAAGACCACGUGGAGGGUUUCAGCUGUGACAGGUGUAAGCUGGGCUACUUCAACCUGGAGCCCAGCAACCCCCAGGGCUGCACCGCCUGCUUCUGCUUCCAGCACUCGUCUGUGUGUGACAGCGCCGAGGGCUUCAGCAUGCAGGCAGUCAGCUCGGCCUUCCACACAGAUGCCGAGCAGUGGACCGGUCAGCAGCGUGAUGGAUCCAGUGUCCCCGUCCAGUGGUCUCCCAGCGGACAGGAGAUCUCCCUCAUCUCAGACGACUACUUCCCCAUGUACUUCGUAGCCCCAGAGAAGUUCGUGGGGAACCAGCUGCUGAGUUACGGGCAGAACCUGAGCCUGAGUUUCCGGGUGGACCGUCGGGACACUCGGCUGUCUGCGGAGGACCUGGUUCUGGAGGGGUCCGGCCUGAGGGUGUCCGUCCCCCUCAUCGCCCAGGGCAACGCCUACCCCAACGAGAACAUGCAGACAUACGUGUUCAGGCUCCACGACAGCACCGACUACCCCUGGAGACCCACCAUCAGCCACGCUGACUUCCAGAAACUUCUCUACAACCUGACAGCAGUCAAGAUCCGCGGCACCUACAGCGAGAAGAGUGCCGGUUACCUCGACAACGUCUCCUUGGUGACGGCGAGGCGAGGUCCGGGUGCUCCGGCGCGCUGGGUGGAGCGCUGCACCUGUCCUCAGGGUUACCAGGGGCAACACUGCGAGCAGUGCAUGCUGGGAUACCGCCGCGCACGUCCAGAGCUCGGAGCCUUCAGCGCCUGCGAGCCGUGCAACUGUAACGGACACAGUGAAGCCUGCAACCCAGACUCAGGUGCGUGCGACUGUCGGGACAACACGGCCGGUCUGAGCUGCGAGCGCUGUAAAGACGGUUUCUACGGCGACGCCACCCACGGGUCGUCAGGUGACUGUCAGCCCUGUCCCUGUCCAACCAGAGCCACCUGCGCCGUCGUACCCAAAACCAGAGAGGUGGUCUGCACCAACUGUCCCGCAGGGACCACAGGUAAGCGCUGUGAGCUGUGUGACGAUGGUUUCUUCGGUGAUCCUCUGGGUCAGAGCGGCCCGGUCCGAGCCUGCCGCGCCUGCAAGUGCAGCGACAACAUUGACCCCAACGCCGUCGGCAACUGUAACCGGGAGACGGGCGAGUGCCUCAAGUGCGUCCACAACACGGACGGCUUCUUCUGCGAUCGCUGCAUGGACGGUUUCUACGGCAACGCCCUGGCCGCCAACGUCGCCGACAAGUGCAAAUCGUGCUCAUGCUCGCCGCUCGGCACCGUGGAUCGGCAGACCGGCUGUUCCCAGGUCACCGGCCAGUGUCCCUGUCUCCCCAACGUGGCGGAGCGAGACUGCGGCGCCUGCCAGCCCGGCUUCUUCAACCUGCAGAGCUCUGCCGGCUGCGAACGCUGCGACUGCAAUCCGAUUGGCUCCACCAACGGCCAGUGUGACAUCAGCUCCGGUCAGUGCGAGUGCCAGCCGGGCGUCACCGGGCUGCACUGCCAGCGCUGCGAGGCCAACUUCUUCGGAUUCGGCUCGUCCGGAUGCAAACCGUGUGACUGUGACCCCGAGGGCUCCGUGUCCGGCCAGUGUAAAGAGGACGGCCGCUGUGAGUGUCGUCCCGGCUUCGUCGGCGCUCGCUGCGACAUGUGCGAAGAGAAUUACUUCUACAACCGCUCGGCUCCAGGCUGCCAGCAGUGCCCGUCCUGCUACAGUCUGGUCAGAGACAAGGUGAACCAGCAGAGGCAGAAGCUCCACGAGCUGCAGACUCUGAUAGAUAACCUGGGCUCGGGCCAGGACACGGUCAGCGAUAAAGCCUUCGAGGACCGGCUGAAGGAGGCCGAGAGAGCCAUCAUGGAGCUGCUGGAGGAGGCGCAGACCAGCAAAGACGUGGACCGUGGCCUGCUGGAUCGCCUGAACGCCAUCAACAGCACUCUGACCACUCAGUGGAACCGUCUGCAGAACAUCCGCGGCACGGUGGACGACACGGGCACGCAGGCCGACCGCGCUCGCCACCGAGUCCGCGACGCCGAGAACCUGAUCGACCGCGCACGCCAGGAGCUGGACAAGGCCAAGGAGGCCAUCGGCAAAGUGGAUAUCAAACCUCCGACCGGCAACGGAGACCCGAACAACAUGACGCUGCUGGCAGAGGAGGCUCGCAUGCUGGCCGACAAGCACAAGAUGGACGCCGACCAGAUCGAGAAGAUCGCCAGAGACGCCAACGACACAUCCACCAGAGCAUACAACCUGCUGCUGAAGACUCUGGACGGGGAGGGCAAGACGAGCAAGGACAUCGAAGAGCUCAACAAGAAGUACAACGAGGCGAAGGAGCUGGCCAAGAAUCUGGAGAAACAGGCCAACAAGGUUCAGGCGGAGGCGGAAGACGCUGGAAACCAAGCUCUGAAGAUCUUGGCCAACCUGACCAGCGUGGGGCCAUUCGACACCAAAGCUCUGGAGGAUGAAGCCAGUAAGAUCAAGAAGGAGGCCUCUGACCUGGACACGCUCAUCGACAAGACGGAGAAGGCGUACAACGAGCUGAGAGACGACCUGAAGGGCAAAGAGCAGGAAGUGCGCAAACUGCUGGAGAAAGGCAGGAGUGAGCAGCAGACUGCGGAUCAGCUGUUGGCUCGAGUCGACGCUGCCAAAGCUCUGGCUGAGGAGGCAGCCAAGAAGGGCCAGUCCACGUUUAAGGAGGCAGAGAACAUCCUGGAAGAUCUGAGAGACUUCGACAAGAGAGUCAACGACAACAAGACGGCAGCCGAGGAUGCCCUGAAGAAGAUCCCCGCCAUCAACGCCACCAUCGCCGCCGCCAAUCAGAAGACCAAGCAGGCCGAGGCGGCGCUCGGCAACGCCGCCGCAGACGCCCGGGAGGCCAAGAACAAGGCGGAGGAGGCGGAGAGGAUCGCCAGCAACGUGCAGAAGGGCUCGGCCAAGACGAAGGAGGACGCAGAGAAAGCCUUCCAGGACACCAACGCGCUGGACAACGAAGUGGGCGACAUGAUGGAUCAGCUGGACGGCGCGGAGGAGCAGCUGGCCCGCAAGAAGGCCGAGGCCGACCAAGACAUGAUGAUGGCAGUAAUGGCGUCGGACAACGCGAAGGAAGCUGAGGACAACGCCCGCAAGGCCAAGAGUGCCGUGAAGACGGUGCUGGGCACCAUCACCGCCCUGCUGGAGCAGCUGGGAAACAUCGACAAGGUGGACCUGAGCAAGCUGAACCAGAUCGACGAGUCCCUGAAGAGGGCGCGGGGCCAGAUGGGCGACAGCAAGCUGGACAUGAAGCUGACGGAGCUGAACGACGUGGCCCGCACCCAGGAGGACAUGAUCAACCACUACGACCGGCAGAUCCGCGAGAUCCGCGCCGAUAUCGCCAAUCUCAACGACAUCAAGAACACGUUACCCAACGGCUGCUUCAACACGCCGUCUAUCGAGCGGCCUUAACCCCGCUUUUCACCUUCCCCCUCUUCCUCUUCCUCCUCCAUCACUCCCUUCUUCACAUCUAACACUCUGGCACACAUGCCGACUUUUUACCAAAACUGUUCUUUUGUUCUCAGAUUUCUUGUCUUUUUUUUUUUUUUUUUGAAGCCAAUAUUUCAAGUCCACGUUCAUGUUUUUUUUUUUUUUUUUUUUUAUGUAACGAAAGAGAAGCAGCUGAUUUUUUUUCGUCUUUAGUUAUUUUUAUUUUUUUUUUGGAGACGCAGUAACGUGGUUACAGUAGAAACGAACUAAGUGGGCGUAAAGAGAAGCCGUGCACAGAGGUGGAAGGACCUCGGAGAAGAAAACCAGAACCACAAAACCCGACGUGACUGCACCCGUCUGCUCCACGAGAGAGAAGUUCCACAGGAAGUUCCUCACGAGAGUCCGCUCGUAUUACCCAUCAUGCCCGGGGACACGCCAGCUUACUUUUUACAGUUUUCAGCCAGCUGAAUGUACAGCUACACACUGUUAUGUUCGAGUGUUAUCUUUUUAUGUUUUCAGAAACCACACAGUGAAGAAUCCUCUCUUCUUUUUCUCCCAAAGCUUCGUGUCCGACACACAAACGGCAGAGGAAAGUAUUUUUACGCCUCUCUUCGUUAACAGUAUUUUCACCUCCGAUGGGAGUAGAGCCACGCCGACUCUGCUGGUGAAUAUGAAGCCUCUGAAGUCCAGAGAAGAUAUCUUUUUAAAUCUUGUGCACGUUAAGAUACAUUAGUGUCACAUUCUCACAAUUUAUGGAUCCAAGGGUUACGUGGAGGAUAUUAACUUGUACGUGGAGGAUAUUAACUUCUACGUAGAGGAUAUUAACUUGUACGUGGAUGAUAUUAACUUGUACGUGGAGGAUAUUAACUUGUACGUGGAGGAUAUUAACUUGUACGUGGAGGAUAUUAACUUGUACGUAGAAGAUAGUAACUUGUACGUGGAAGAUAUUAACUUGUACGUAGAUGAUAUUAACUUGUACGUAGAGGAUAUUAACUUGUACGUAGAGGAUAUUAACUUCUACGUAGAGGAUAUUAACUUGUACGUGGAGGAUAUUAACUUCUACGUAGAGGAUAUUAACUUGUACGUGGAGGAUAUUAACUUCUACGUAGAGGAUGUUAACUUGUACGUGGAGGAUAUUAACUUCUACGUAGAGGAUAUUAACUUGUACGUGGAGGAUAUUAACUUGUACGUGGAGGAUAUUAACUUGUACAUAGAAGAUAUUAACUUGUACGUGGAGGAUAUUAACUUGUACGUGGAGGAUAUUAAGUUAUAAUCUUGUUGCCACAAGAUAUGGACCUUGGUUUGUCACAAGUCAUUAUCUUCUAUGCUGAAGAUGUCUUGUGCACGCAAAAUAUUAUCAUUAUUGUUAGCUGGGGGUUGGAGUUACAAGUUAUCUUGGGAAAGAGCCCUAUCUUUUGGGAACAAAAUACAUAAUAUCUUGUGUUUACAAGUUAUAAUCUUGUUCCCACAAGGUAUGGAUCUUGAGUUAGGGUUACAAGUUAAUAUAAUCAACAUGCGAGACAUUAGCUUGAGCGUUUAAGAUAUAGAUCUGGCAUGGGGGAUAUUAUCUUCAGUGCCAAAAUGUUGUUCCCAAAAGAUCUGGACCUCUGCUUAGCGAAUUAACGAUCUUGUGUAUUAGAUAUAAAUUAGUAUCCUGUUCCCACAAGGUAUGGAUCUUUGGGUGGAAGAUAUGCUCUUGUUUGCACAAGAUAGAUAUGGAUCUUUGUGGGAACAGAAAAGUAAAUCUUGUGUGCCAAAUUGUAUUUUUUACCCCCAAAAGAUCUGGACUUCUGCUUCAGGAAGUUAUCUUGUACGUGCACACGAGAUAAAAAAUAUCUUUCAGGACGCCGGUGGCUCUUUAGCUGCGUCUUUAAAUCAGCUCUGACAUUUCAAACGCCAUUUCAUGUGCUGAUGUUUUAACACUACAAGCGUUUUUAUUUCUGUUGUCCCAGAAGUUGCUGCUUACCACUGACUGAUCACACGUUAACCUUUUCUCUUCCAGGCUAAAUCCAACACUAUGCAACUUUGUACAUUUUGCGUAGUGAGAAUUUUAUCUGAUACACUGGUGCUAAUAAUUAUUUCAAAUGUUAUAUUUUUGUGUGAAUGUUUUUUAUUAUGACAUAGAGUGAGGAAUUUGUGUAAAUAUAUGCUUAAAUGAUUCAGGACUGGCUGAUCUUUUUUUUUUUUUAAAGAAAUGAAACUCCAUCAUGAUGCAAAAACAGCCACGUAAAAGUUCUAUCACAAUCAAUCAACUGAAACCUCCAGGUAAAAUAUAUAUAAGUAUCUAUGAUAACGUCUGUGGUAUGUUUUUAUUAUUAUUGCUUGUAUACAAGGCUCAGUGUUGCUGCCUCGUAGCGAUGAUGCCAAUAUUUCAUGUUUUAUUGAUUCAAACCUAACUGAAUAUUUGUGUUUAGUUAUUAUAUAUUUUUUGGACCCAUCAGGACAUCGCGAGUCAUCGUACUGAAUUUAUUCGCUCGACUUCACAGAGACAUAAUUGUAUCGGUCACUCGUUACUACGAUAGUUUUAAUUAGUGUUUUGUGCCUUUUAAUAUAAAGUUUUGGUUGUAAUCACAGUCCCGUCGAGGGGCAUCCACGUUUUAAUCUCACAAAAAAUGUCUUCGUCGUCUUCGCUCACGCACGCCUCCGUCUCCUAAUGUCGGUACUGAAACAGGGUUUAUUUUUUAUUGUUUUUAAUCAGGUCCUGAACAGAGAAACUAUCUGCUUCUCCGCCGGCAGAUUCUGCAGACAAACAUCAACUCUGAGGGAUGUAA